ACUCUAAAUAGAAUUACAGAGCGCCAUGCAAGAACUUGUCGUUUCCAGUCUCUAAAAAACGCCUUUCCUUUUUCAGUUUUUUUUUUUUAAAUCUUCUCUUUUCACUAAAAUUAGCAUUCCUUUCUUUCUUUUUAAUGAUCAAAAGCAAAAUUUAAACUCAAGGCGAAUAGUUGUUGGUCUUUCUUCUUUUGUCUCUCAAACAUUGAAUUGAAUUUUUUUGCCUCUUGUUUUCUGUUUUUCUAGAAGAAACAGAGAAGAGAAAAAAAAAAUGGGUAGGGGGAAAAUAGAGAUAAAGAGAAUAGAGAAUGCUAAUAGCAGGCAAGUUACAUUCUCCAAGAGGCGUGCUGGGUUGCUUAAGAAGGCUAAGGAACUGGCUAUUCUAUGUGAUGCUGAGGUUGCUGUCAUCAUUUUCUCCAAUACUGGCAAGCUAUUUGAGUUUUCCAGUUCUGGCAUGAAGAAAACAUUUUCUAGAUACAACAAGUGUUUGCAAGGUUCUACCGAGAUGGCUCUAGUCGAACAUAAAGCAGAGAAACAAGUCUGUAAGGAGGCGGAUAAUCUGAAGGAUGAAGUUGCAAAGCUGCAAAUGAAACAGUUACAGCUGUUGGGUAAGAACUUGACCAGCGUGAGCUUGAAAGAGCUUGAGGUCCUGGAGCAGCAGCUAAGUGAAGGGUUGUUAUCAGUGAAGGAGAAGAAGGAACAACUGCUUAUGGAACAACUAGAGCAAUCGAGAUUACAGGAGCAGCGGGUGAUGCUUGAGAAUGAAACUUUACGCAGGCAGGUUGAGGAGCUAAGAGGUUUCUUUCCAUCAACUGAUCACCUGGUCCGAUCCUAUCUUGAGUACUAUCCUGUUGAAAGGAAGAAUUCUCUGAUGAGCCAUAACGUUCGUGGUCCAGAUGUGACCUGUGCUUGCAACCUUGAAAAGGGAGAUUCAGACACGACCUUGUAUUUGGGGUUGCCUAGUGAUCAUCACAAGAGAAAGAAACCUGAAAGAGAAAGCCAUUCCAAUGACUCAGAGAGCCAGUAGGGGCCAAUAUGAUUCUUUCCUUAAUGCUGUUCCCUUUGCCUCUCUAAUGGGGAUGACAAAACCAAGAUAUGGAUCUGUUACAAGUGACUCUCGUUUGGUAGUUUUUUAAAGAACUAUUUGUCCAAAUUACAGAAGUAAACACAGUGAAGUUAUAGAUGUUUAUUUUCAGGUAAUGGAUACACUUUAGGUGAAAGAGCGAGGAUAUUCGCAAAUAGGCUUUCCUUUUUGUAUCUAAAUGGUCCUAGUUUUGCUUUCCAUUGCAAUUUCCCAUUACCAACAUGAAUUAAUGAGGUUGCAGUUCAGUGUUUCA